CGGAGCGGCUCCGGUGCGGUCUGGGGGUGCGCGGCGCGGCCCGCGGGCCAUGGCCACCUGGCGGCGGGACGCGCGGGUGACGGCCGUGCAGCGCCUGGGCUGCGCCGCGCUGGCGGGCGCGCUGAGCCUCAGCCUGACGGCGCCGCUGGAGCUGCUGACGGUGCUGGCGCAGGUGGGCACCUGGCACUGCCGGCGGGGGCUGCGCAGCGCCGGGCCGAGCCUGUGCCGGGCCGAGGGCGUGCGGGCGCUCUGGAAGGGGAACCUCACCGCCUGCCUGCGCCUCUUCCCCUACAGCGCGCUGCAGCUCGCCGCUUCCCGCCGACUUGUUAUACUUUUUACUGAUGAGUUGGGUCAUAUUUCCCACUGGAGAGCCAUCAUGGCAGGAAGCCUGGCUGGCAUGGUUGCAACCAUCGUGACUUACCCCACGGAUGUGAUUAAAACACGGCUCAUUGUGCAGAACCGACUGGAGCCAUCUUAUGAAGGAAUUGUUCAUGCUUUUUACAAAAUUUAUCAUCAAGAGGGACUCCUUGCACUCUACCGUGGCGUUUCACCAGCUAUAUUAGGUGCUGUCCCAUUUUCUGCUGGCUCAUUCUUUGUUUACAUCAAUCUGGACAAAAUCUGGCAAGAACCCAUCGUUCAUUUCACUCCUCUUCAGAACUUCAUCAAUGGCUGUGUAGCAGCUGCUGUGGCACAGACACUUUCCUUCCCCUUUGAGACUGUCAAGAGGAAGAUGCAGGCCCAGAGCCCUUGGCUUCCCCACUAUGGAGCAGUUGAUGUCUAUUUUACUGGCAUGGCUGACUGCUUCCGGCAAACUGUGAAGAACAAAGGUGUGCUUGGACUUUGGAGAGGGCUCACACCCAGUCUGCUCAAGAUUGUCCCAUACUUCGGUGUUAUGUUUAGCACCUUUGAGUUCUGCAAGCGGGUCUGUCUGUACAGAAAUGGUUAUAUUGAGUCUCCUUUAAAUUACAAGCUAACCCCUGGCGUGGACCAGAGUUUACAGCCACAAGAACUGAGAGAGUUAAAGCGCCUCCGGAGGGAAAGUUUUGAGCCAAGGAAAUCAGCUCUUGAAAACUGACAUCAGAGUGUCUGUUGGAGAUACACACACUGCCUUUUUUAAGGAACUUUGGAAGACAGACGCGCUCAGCCACAGGUACCAGAGUUUCAGCGGACUGUGUGGUUUUAAUACCACGAACGAGUAAAUCUUGUCUCUCAUUUGCUGAACAGACACAAGCAAUAUGAAUAGCAAGCACAGACUGAAGAGGAGAGGUGCAACUAGUCUGAAAACACUGUGCUAUUGGAACUUGAACUUACGUUACUCGAGGUGCUUUAUAAUACAGAAUAGCCAUUUUGAGAUAAAACCACUUGCAGAAAGGCAAGAUAACUGAGGUGAGAGUAGAGACUGCAUCUUAAAAGUAGUAAGAAAAUUUAAAUGGAUAUUUUUUAAGUAAUCUGAAAUACUGAGUCGGCCAAAA